AUGGCUGGUGGUAAAGGCCGUGGUAUAGCUGCCUUCAGCUUCAACAUCGAAUCCCUGGGCCUCAGCAGGGGGAAUAUGCCUCAAACCAGAGUGGGGCCCAACAAGCUGUAUCCAGUGAGUAGUACUAUACUGACUGCAUUUACCAGGCUUAUGGUCUCUGUUUCCUGGACCAGUAAGAGACAUUGUCUUGGGAAGAAUGGGCUUUUAGUACAUUUACGUCAUUUAGCACAGUGUUUCCCAACUCCAGUCCUCCAGUACCACACGUUUCAGUUGUAGCCCCAGACAAACUCACAUGAUUCAACUGAUGGAGGGCUUGAUGAUUAGUUAACAAGUUGAAUCACGUGUGCUUGUCCGUGACUACAACAAAAAGGUGUACUGCUGAGGGUACUGGAGGACUGGAGUUGGGAGACACUGAUUUAGCAGACACUCUUAUCCAGAGGGACUUACAGGAGCAAUUAGGGUUAAGUGCCUUGCUCAAGGGCACAUCGACAUGUUUUUUUGACAUAGUCGGCCCGGGGAUUCAAACCAGCGACUUUUCAGUUACUCGCCCAACGUUCUUAACCACUAGGCUACCUGCUGCCAUAAAGUACAACAGUUUCACUGAUGAAAAAUUAUGAAAUAGCUUCUUUACUAUGGGAACAACCUCUACUGGUUCUGGGUGGAUUGCUGGUGGGCUUAAUUAUUUUCCCCAUUCAGGAUGUGGAGUUCAAGCCUGUGCCGUUGAAAGUGGGAGAAGAUGAGGACUACAUGCUAGCCCUGAAACAGGAGAUAAGGGGAACCAUGAGACAACUACCCCACAACAUCAGGCCUCUGGCUGGGAAAGGAGGUGAGAGAGUGCAUUAUCAGCAAUGGUGAGUGUAUCUCAUCAUCCAUUAAGAAAAUGGCGUGAGGUAAUGUAACACUGUAGACAGAGAGGCAGAUCUAGGAGAGAAUAUUGAGUUAUAAAUUCCUAAACUUGGAUUUCGAGCACAUUCUUUUCUGGGGUAAGAUUAUGUAUCCGUAUCAAGUGCAGCCUUAUCGUGGCUUAUUGAUGUAUAGUAGAAAUAACUGCUUUAUCUGUACUUUUGAGUCAGUUGGUCAUAUGCUCAAUGUACUACAGAAAAUGAUAUGUAUUUAAGAGAUAUUUCCAGCAGAUACAAAAUGUGCUUGCUGACUUGAGUGUUUAGUUUCCGUUUGUGUGAGUAUCCAUGCAUAACCUUUACUGUUUACAUAUCAAAUAGAUGUGGAAAGAUACAAGGAGAGGUAUCAGAGACAAAAUAUGUUGGAUGAGGAGUGGACACCAGGUAAUUGGUCAAUUUGGACAUUAUCAGAUUAAAGUCCCCAUGCAGUCUUUUUAAAUGUAUUUUAAAAUCCUCACUGUGUCUGAUAAAUCAUGGUGUGGGUUUAUUUCAUGAAAAUAACUUAAAUAUAUUUUUUGUCAUUUAUUUCCCUGAGCCUCCUUUUACCAUUGAACUGCUCAGUCUCAUUGUUUUUCGGCGAAAUGAUACAAGUAAAACAAAUAUUUACAUACAGUGCUGAUUGGCUAGACUCUAGAGCAGGGUUCUCCAAUCCUGUUUCUGGAGAGCUACCAUACUGUAGGUUUUCAGUCCAACCCUCAUCUAGCACACCUGAUUCUAAUAAUUAGCUGGGUGAUAAGCUGAAUCAGGUUAGUUACAACUGGGGUUGGAGUGAAAAACUACAGGAGGGUAGCUCUCCAGGAACAGGGUUGGAGAGCCCUGCUCUAGAGCUACCCUGCUUACCCCUUCAAAGUAGGAGGAUGCAUAUGCAAAUAAAAGAUGGCUGGUCAUUGGUCAGAAUGAUCAGAUCAGAUUGUGAUCUGUGGGCCAAAAACUCCAUCCCACCUGAAAAGGCUGACAUUUUUUUCAAAAAGCUCUUGCACUAAAAGGGCAUACAGUGAGGGAAAAAAGUAUUUGAUCCCCUGCUGAUUUUGUACGUUUGCCCACUGACAGAGAAAUGAUCAGUCUAUAAUUUUAAUGGUAGGUUUAUUUGAACAGUGAGAGACAGAAUAACACCAAGAAAAUCCAGAAAAACGCAUGUCAAAAAUGUUAUAAAUUGAUUUGCAUUUUAAUGAGGGAAAUAAGUAUUUGACCCCUCUGCAAAACAUGACUUAGUACCUGGUGGCAAAACCCUUGUUGGCAAUCACAGAGGUCAGACAUUUCUUGUAGAUGGCCACCAGGUUUGCACACAUCUCAGGAGGGAUUUUGUCCCACUCCUCUUUGCAGAUCUUCUCCAAGACAUUAAGGUUUUGAGGCUGACGUUUGGCAACUCGAACCUUCAGCUCCCUCCACAGAUUUUCUAUGGGAUUAAGGUCUGGAGACUGGCUAGGCCACUCCAGGACCUUAAUGUGCUUCUUCUUGAGCCACUCCUUUGUUGCCUUGGCUGUGUGUUUUGGGUCAUUGUCAUGCUGGAAUACCCAUCCACAACCCAUUUUCAAUGCCCUGGCUGAGGGAAGGAGGUUCUCACCCAAGAUUUGAUGGUACAUGGCCCCAACCAUCGUCCCUUUGAUGCGGUGAAGUUGUCCUGUCCUCUUAGCAGAAAAACAUCCCCAAAGCAUAAUGUUUCCACCUCCAUGUUUGACGGUGGGGAUGGUGUUCUUGGGGUCAUAGGCAGCAUUCCUCCUCCAAACAUGGCAAGUUGAGUUGAUGCCAAAGAGCUCAAUUUUGGUCUCAUCUGACCACAUCACUCUGAAUCAUUCAGAUGUUCAUUGGCAAACUUCCGGCGGGCAUGUAUAUGUGCUUUCUUGAGCAGGGGGACCUUGCGGGCGCUGCAGGAUUUCAGUCCUUCACGGCGUAGUGUGUUACCAAUUGUUUUCUUGGUGACUAUGGUCCCAGCUGCCUUGAGAUCAUUGACAAGAUCCUCCAGUGUAGUUCUGGGCUGAUUCCUCACCGUUCUCAUGAUCAUUUCAACUCCACGAGGUGAGAUCUUGCAUGGAGCCCCAGGCCGAGGGAGAUUUACAGUUAUUUUGUGUUUCUUCCAUUUGCAAAUAAUCGCACCAACUUUUGUCACCUUCUCACCAAGCUGCUUGGCGAUGGUCUUGUAGCCCAUUCCAGCCUUGUGUAGGUCUACAAUCUUGUCCCUGACAUCCUUGGAUAGCUCUUUGGUCUUGGCCAUGGUGGAGAGUUUGGAAUCUGAUUGAUUGCUUCUGUGGACAGGUGUCUUUUAUACAGGUAACAAACUUAGAUUAGGAGCACUGCCUUUAAGUGUGUGCUCCUAAUCUCAGCUCAUUACCUGUAUAAAAGACACCUGGGAGCCAGAAAUCUUUCUGAUUGAGAGGGGGUCAAAUACUUAUUUCCCUCAUUUAAAAUGCAAAUCAAUUUAUAACAUUUUUGACAUGCGUUUUUCUGGAUUCUUUUGUUGUUAUUCUGUCUCUCACUUUUCAAAUAAACCUACCAUUAAAAUGAUAGACUGAUAAUUUCUUUGUCAGUGGGCGAACGUACAAAAUCAGCAGGGGAUCAAAUACUUUUUUUCCCUCACUGUAUCAUCAUUUUCACAAUUUCAGUGAUAUUUCAACCUCAUAGUGUGGAAAUAAAUAUCGUUAAAAAAUUGAAAAAUCUCGUUUUUUGACUGCACUGCCCCUUUAACAAAACCUGAGUCUGAUUUCCAAUAUUAUUAACUUAUUUUAAUAUAACUUCUCCCUUGUUUGUCAUUACAGACUGGCAGCUCUUUCCAAAAGAACUGAUGCCUCAAAAGAAAAAGUUGAAUGUAAAACCGGGUACUUAAAGUUUGUGUAAUGAUAAUCAAACAUAUCUUUUUUUAUAUUUCAAUUAUGUCAUUAUGAUGUUAUGCUAAUAGCUAUAUUUCCUAAAGAAUGUAAUAUUAUUAGGUGCAAAGAAGAAACCCAUAAAGGUGUCAAGCAAAGAAAAAUCAGAUGUACUCAGUAAAUUAGAUGUAAGUCACUUUCAUCACCUUUAUUCCUUUUCACUUCUUAUAUAAAUUGAUUUAUUAUUUUAAAACACCCAAUCUCUGGAGAUGAAGGUUUGGGCUAGGUUGGGAUUAUCUGUACAUUCAGAUAUGACAUUCUAAUAGCCUGAUAACAUUGACUUGUAUAAUGAUAAAAUGAACAUACCCAUCAUAUAAUGUUUUAUGUGUGAAAGCUGUUUGUAUAUCUGGAUAGUCAUACAAAAUUGCUAUUUCUUCAGGAACUUGAAAAGAAAGAUGAUGUCAAAUCAGAUGAGGAGAAAGAAGAAAAGAAAACUACAGAGGAAGGAGAGGAGGAAGAAAUUGAAGGAGAGGAGUUGGACGAGGAGGAAUUAGAAGAGGUAACCCCCCCUAGUUGUAAUAUAAAGUCCAAUUUUGAUCUAAAUCAUCCUUAGUAGUCAACUUCUAUCGCACAAUGUAUUGUAUUUCAAAUUGUUCGCUGACACACUUCCAUGCAAUGAACUUGGUAUUGAGACAUCUCAGAUGGUUUCUGGGUAUGAUAAAUGACAAUAUGAAGAUCACAAUAUGCAAUAUACACUGAACAAAAAUUUAAACGGAACAUGCAACAAUUUAAAAGAUUUUACUGAGUUACAGAGUUACAGUUCAUAUAAGGAAAUCAGUCAAUUGCAAUAAAUUAAUUUGAUACCUUAAAAAAAAAAGUAGGGGCGUGUAUCACAAAACCAUACAGUAUCUGGUGUGACCACCAUUUGCCUCAUCUCAUGCGGUGCGACACAUCUCCUUCGCAUAGAGUUGAUCAGGCUGAUGAUUGUGGCAGGUGGAAUGUUGUCCCACUCUUCAAUAGCUGUGCGAAGUUGUUGGAUAUUGGUGGGAACUGGAGCACGCUGUCGUACACGUCGAUCCAGAGCAUCCCAAACAUGCUCCAUGGGUGACAUGUCUAGUGAGUAUGCAGGCCAUGGUAGACCUAGGACAUUUUCUGCUUCCAGGAAUUGUGUACAGAUCCUUGCGACAUGGGGCCGUGCAUUAUCAUGCUGAAACAUGAGGUGAUGGUGGCGGAUGAAUGGCACGACAAUAGGCCUCAGGAUCUCGUCACGGUAUCUCUGUGCAUUCAAAUUGCCAUCGAUAAAAUGCAAUUGUGUUUGUUGUCUGUAGCUUAUGCCUGCCCAAACCAUAACCCCACCGCCACCACGGGGCACUCUGUUCACAACGUUGACAUCAUUAAACCGUUAGCCUGCACAACGCCAUACAACGCCAUACAUGUCUUCCAUCUGCCCGUUACAGUUGAAACCGGGAUUCAUCUGUGAAGAGCACACUUCUCCAGCAUGCCAGUGGCCAUUGAAGGUGAACAUUUGCCCACUGCAGUUAGGUCAAGACCCUAGUGAGGACGACGAGCACGCAGAUGCGCUUCCCUGAGAUGGUUUCUGACAGUUUGUGCAGAAAUUAUUUGGUUGUGCAAACCCACAGUUUUAUCAGCUGUCCAUAAAUAUUCCUGUAAACCAAACCCAGUCUAUUCUGGGACACCCUAGCAUCAACAGGCAGCCAGUUGAGUUCCUGAAAGCAGCUCCUGCCUAUGUGAGUAUGUGGACUCACAUUCAACAGACUUUAAGCACGCUUAUAGGGAAGGACAUUCAACAAGCACAGCAAUUACACAAAAUGACUGAUGAUUGGCUGAGAGAAAUUGAUAAUAAAAAGAUUGUGGGGGCUGUUUUGUUAGACUUCAGUGCGGCUUUUGACAUUAUCGAUCAUAAUCUGGCUUUACACCCCCUGCAAUAUUGUGGAUAAAGAGUUACCUGUCUAACAGAACACAGAGGGUAUUCUUUAAUGGAAGCCUCUCCAACAUAAUCCAGGUAGAAUCAGGAAUUCCCCAGGGCAGCUAUCUAGGCCCCUUACUUAUUUCAAUUUUUACUAACGACAUGCCACUGGCUUUGAGUAAAGCCAGCGUGUCUAUGUAUGCGGAUGACUAAACACUAUACACGUCAGCUACUAAAGCAACUGAAAUGACUGCAACACUUAACAAAGAGCUGCAGUUAGUUUCAGAAUGGGUGGCAAGGAAUUAGUUAGUCCUAAAUAUUUCAAAAACUAAAAGCAUUGUAUUUGGGACAAAUCAUUCACUAAACCCUAAGCCUCAACUUAAUCUUGUAAUAAAUAAUGUGGAAAUUUAACAAGUUGAGGUGACUAAACUGCUUGGAGUAACCCUGGAUUGUAAACUGUCAUGGUCAUAACAUAUUGAUACAACAGUAGCUAAGAUGGGGAGAAGUCUGUCCAUAAUAAAGUGCUGCUCUACCUUCUUAACAGCACUAUCAACAAGGCAGGUCCUACAGGCUCUAGUUUUGUCGCACUUGGACUACUGUUAAGUCGUGUGGUCAGGUGCCACAAAGAGGGACUUAGGAAAAUUGCAAUUGGCUCAGAACAGGGCAGCAUAGUUGGCCCUUGGAUGUACACAGAGAGCAAGCAUUAAUAAUAUGCAUGUCAAUCUCUCCUGGCUCAAAGUAGAGGAGAGAUUGACUUCAUCACUACUUGUACUUGUGAGAGAUAUUGACAUGUUGAAAGCACCGAGCUGUCUAUUUAAACGACUAGCACACAGCUCAGACACCCAUGUAUACCCCACAAGAGAUGCCACCAGAGGUCUCUUCACAGUCCCCAAGUCCAGAACAGACUAUAAUAAUAAUAAUAUGCCAUUUAGCAGACGCUUUUAUCAAAGCGACUUACAGUCAUGCGUGCAUACAUUUUUACGUAUGGGUGGUCCCGGGGAUCGAACCCACUACCCUGGCGUUACUAUGGGAGACGCACAGUACUACAUAGAGCCAUGACUACAUGGAACUCUAUUCCACAUCAGGUAACUGAUGAAAGCAGUAGAAUCAGAUUUAAAAAACAAAUAACAAUACACCUUAUGGAACAGUGGGGAUUGUGAAGCAACACAAACAUAGGCACAGACACAUGCAUACACACACAUGAUAACAUACGCUCUAUACACACACGUACACAUGGAUUUUGUGUUGUAGAUAUGUGGUAGUGGAGUAUGGGCCUGAGGGCGUGUGUUGUGAAUUCUGUAAUACAUUUAUUGUAAUGUUUUUUAAAUGGUAUAACUGCCUUAAUUUUGCCAGACCCCAGGAAGAGUAGCUGCUGCCUUGGAAAAUGAUAAAUGAUCACUAACAGGGAUGUAUACAAAUUUGUCCACAAAAUGAGAGAAAUAAGCAGUUUGUGCGUAUGGAAAAUGUCUGGGAUCUUUUAUUUCAGUUCAUGAAACAUGGGACCAACACUUUACAUGUUGCGUUUUAUAUUUUUGUUCAGUAUAAAUUACAAAUUGAAUAGCUACAGUACCUAUGCACAUAGCACCCUUACUAAACAAGAUUGCAGUCAAACUGCUCAAUGCUGCAAAUAUUGCGUCCAAAAUAACUGUUAUUACAGUAAUUUCUGUGUAACUGCAUUACAGUGCAGUAUAUCUGCAAUACACUGCAGUUAUUCUGCAAUUACUGCAUCCAAAAUACCACCGUCAACUGCAGUUACUGCACUUUUACUGCAGUUUCAAAACGGCAAUCUUUUUUUGUAAGGCCAUUCACACACCAAUGGGGUUUAAUAGACAAAUGUCACAAUUAACACCUGCCUUUUUGUAGGAAAAUGACUACAUUGCCAGUUACUUUGAAGAUGGGGAUGAUUUUGGUGCAGGCAGUGAUGAGAACAUGGAUGAAGGAGCCACAUAUUAA